UGCGCCCGGCCGCCGCAGCCUCGGCAGACGCGGCGGGCCGCGGCAGGGGUAGCGGAUCGCUGCUGGGCACAGAGACGCGGCAGCCUGCCGUGCCUCUCGCUUGCUCAGGCAGUCUCCCGGCCUGCCCCAGGAGGAGGGUCCACUGAGGGGAGGCGGUCAAGCGGUAGCAACCGAGGAGCCGGCGGCGUGCCCAGCCCAAGGUGGUCGGGCUGCUUCCCCCUUGCGUCUCGUAGUUGUUACACACCGCCUGGGCCUGUGAGCACCAUGAGAGUAGUGGCCUUAAUCAGUGGUGGGAAGGACAGCUGUUAUAAUAUGAUGCAGUGUGUUGCUGCUGGGCAUCAGAUUGUUGCUCUAGCCAAUUUAAGACCUGCUGAAAACACAGGAGAAAAAAACUACAAGAAGAUGAAGAUCAGUAAAAGAAAGGCCUACACAAUUUGCAAAAGAGAGGAUACAGGGCAGACUGACGAAUUGGACAGCUACAUGUAUCAGACAGUAGGACAUCAUGCCAUUGAACUAUAUGCUGAAGCGUUGGAUUUGCCACUCUAUCGUGGUUUCAUAAAGGGUACCAGUGUAAAUACUGGAAGAAUGUACACCAAAUGUCAGGAAGAUGAAGUAGAAGAUCUUUACCACCUUAUAAAUCUUGUUAAGGAAAAAGAAGGAGUAGAGGGUGUAUCUGUGGGAGCCAUUCUUUCUGACUACCAGAGAGUUCGAGUUGAAGAUGUAUGCAGAAGGCUUGAUCUUCAGCCUUUAGCUUACCUUUGGCAUCGGAAUCAGAAAAUACUGCUUAAAGAAAUUAUAUCAUCUAACAUUCAAGCCAUUAUCAUAAAAGUGGCAGCUUUUGGUUUAGAUCCAGAUAAGCAUCUAGGAAAAACUCUGGAUCAAAUAGAGCCUUAUCUUUUGGAGCUUUCUGAGAAAUAUGGAGUCCAUGUUUGUGGAGAAGGUGGAGAAUAUGAAACGUUUACUCUGGACUGCCCUCUUUUUAAGAAGAAAAUUGUUGUAGACUCGAGCAAGGUGAUUGUACAUUCAGCUGAUGCAUUUGCACCUGUGGCCUAUCUUCAUUUUUCAAAAUUGCACCUGGAGAAUAAGGAGGUAUCUGCAAGUACAUUUAUGGUCAAUGGCUGUUCUUGUGAGGUAAGCUGCAAUGAUGAAGAUAUUUUCCCUUCGUCAGAAGAGAAUGAACCACAGAAAAGCAUUCCAGUCAUCUGGAAGUCUUCAAAACAGAAUUCUUUGGAUUUCACUAAGAUCUUUGGAAGUUCAGGAAAAUCCUUGAGUGGUUACCAGUGGUUUUCAGGUAUCACUGCCCACUUCCUUCCAUCACAAGGCAAAAAUGCUCAAGAGGCAGCAAGAGAAGCAUUUUGUUCUCUCCAAGCUGCUAUGACUUCUGAGGAAUUAGAACUGAAGGAUAUUAUUUUGGUUCAUCUGUAUAUGAAGAGCAUGAAAGAUUUCAAUGUUAUAAAUUCAGUUUAUGUGACAGAAUUUGAUUUGUGUCCACCAACAAGAGUAUGUGUGGAAACCCUGUUACCUGAUGGAGUACUGUUUUGCCUUGACUGCCUUGCACAUAAGUAUGACACUACAGCAGAUGAUGUAUUACGUGAUGACAAGCUGGUCAUGCAUAUACAGAGCAUUUCCCACUGGGCACCUGCUAGCAUAGGACCUUACAGUCAGUCCAUCAAGGUUGGAGAUGUUCUCUACUGUGCUGGACAGAUUGCUCUAGUACCUUGUACAAUGCAGCUUGUUAGUGGUGGCAUAUGGACUGAAGCUAUGGUUUCCCUCCGUCAUGUUGAGCGAGUUCUUCAAGCUAUGAGCCAGAAGACUGCACUCCACCACGUCAUCACAGCCAACUGCUAUGUAACUGACAGCAAACAUGUUCCUGUUGCUCGCUCUGUGUGGCAGAAGAAAUUAAGAGAAUGUAAAAAGGUUGAAGAUUCAGAGACAUAUGAUGAUGUAACUGCAGUGUGUGGGUUGCUUGCUGUGGUUGUGAUAUCUCAUCUUCGCAGAGAUGCUGCCAUUGAAUGGCAUGUUGUUGCAGUAGUUGAUGAUCCAUUUCGAAGAAAACAUUUUGUAAUGAAGAUGUUGUCAGAGGGCUUCCAAAUUGAGUGUGAAACUGUGGAGUCUAGUUCUGCAUCUUGUGCAUCAAUCUCUGUACGUCUGAGCUUAAUUUCAUCAUCCAAUUCUCAACUUCAUUUAGAUGGACCUCUUCAUGACUUAGUUUCUACGUUUAGCCAAGCUGUUGAGAAACUUUCAGAAGAAUGCAGUGCAAGUCCUUUGUCUUUUAGAGCUUUCUUCAAGGAGGAUGUCAUUGAUGCUGAAGCACUACAAAAAGGACUGCAAGAAUACCUUGAAAAAUAUUUGGAUGAGAAGACCCCAGCACUGAUUUUAGUACCUGUGGUGGAUUUACCUGGCAAGGAAGUUAUUCAUAUAACAUGCUGGCUAAGCUAGAAGUAUAAAAGAGAUAAGUUGAUAUCAAAACACUCAUUCCAUACAGGAGAAAACAAAUAAUUGAUCAUAACUAUGUUGGAUACUUUCAUUAAGCCAUAUUGUUUGAUUUAAGCAAAGUCAUAUUUAGCUUGUUAACGAUGCCUCAUGAUAUGUGACAGAGCCAGCUUUGAAUGAACAAUAAAGGUUUCUUUUCAAAA